GGUUUGUUACGGGAUUGGGUGCCACAGCAUCCAAGUCCAGGCUGAUCUGUCCUCCGUUGACAGUAACAAACAUCACCAGCACGCGACAGAACGUGUACUUCCAAUACACGCUCCCGUACAUGGAUGCAUCUGAUGAGAGUAUCAAUGUCACGUCGGAAAAAAAAAGGAUUUUGCAUAUACUUAUAAGUAGUUGGGUUACUUCUAAUAUUGUUAAGUGGUUUUAUGACGGAACUUCAACUUUUUUUAUAAUAGCAGAGCAGGUUGUCCCGCGUUUGAAGUCCAGUGGGCACACGUGCUCUAUGUCAUCGAAUUUAUGUUGUUCACUUGGUAAGCCUAAAAAUACGUCACACAUAAGAAGGCGUGUUGAGAGUAUGUUGUCUGACUUGUGUUGUCCAUGUGUUAGCCUUCAAAAGAGUAUCGGUAGGAGUAACAGUCGCUCAUGGUUUGAAAUCUCAACUACAACCAAUACUCUGUACAAAGUCGAAGAUUUAAGUGGCUUUUCAUUGUCAACCAAAACCCAGGAAUAUAUUUGCCAUAGGAAAACUGGUACAGGUUACAUCCCAGUUCCACACAUCAGUGUCUUUCCGAUAAAGCUCACCUUAGGUCUUGGACUUCUUUGCGCAUUUCUUAUGUUUGGGAUCUCUGGGGUUUAUCUCAGUGUGAAGAAACAUAAGUUCAUUAAUCUCAAAGCCAAGUUCUUCCAGAAAAAUGGAGGUCUAUUAUUAGAGCAGCACAUUUCUUCACAUGGAAGCCCAAAAAUUUUUACGUCCGAAGAGCUAAAGGUGGCCGCUGACUAUUACAACCAGAUUCACACUUUUAGUCCAGUAGAGAGUGGAAAGGUUCACAAAGGACUUCUGUCAAACGGUGCGAUUGUGGCCAUAACGGAAACAGUAGUGGAGGAGGGCCAAAUCGGGCGUUUUAUAAAUGAGGUUGUCACUCAUACCAAAAUCAACCAUGAAAAUGUGGUGAAGCUCUUGGGCUACUGUUUAGAGACUGAAGCACCCAUGUUGGUCUAUGUACUCGCCCGCAACGGGACCUUGUUCGACUACAUUCAUCAUGUUAAUGGGAAAAAAGCAUUGUCUUGGCAUAUUCUUUUAAAGAUAGCCUCAGAAUCUGCAGCUGCUCUUGCUUAUCUGCAUUCUGCAGCAGAGACAUCAAAACCAAUGAUCAUUCAUGGAAAUGUCAACUCUUCCAACAUAUUAUUAAGCGAUUGUUUUGUGGCCAAGGUCUUCGGUUUCGGAUCUUCAAGGUUGGUCCGGGUCCCUAGUAAUGAAUCCCAGAUGAACACAUUGGUACAGCAGACGGUUGGUUAUCUAGACCCCGAAUAUCUCCAAACAGGCCAGUUGACAGAUAGAGUGAUGUCUAUAGCUUUGGAGUCGUCUUGUUAUAACUUUUGACGGGAGAGAUGCCAUUGUCCUUCAACAGACCAGAAAAUCGAAGAAUCAUAACAUCCCAUUUCGUUUCUUCUGUAGAACAAAACGACAUAUUUCAGAUCGUUGUGCCACAACUAGUAAACGAGGGUAACAGAGAGCAACUCAGAGCUGUUGCGGAGCUUGCAAAGAGUUGCCUCAAGUUGAGUAGUGCCGAAAGGCCUGCGAUGGAAGAAGUGGCAAGGGAAUUGAGGAGGUUGUGUGGCAGGGCAGCACACAUUCUU